AUGGCCCAACCCGCUUCCAAGAAGCAACGCACCCACCCCACCUACGAACUCCUCUACCACCCCGGUAUCCCCGGCCGCGGCGAACACGUCCGCCUCCUCCUCGAAGGCGCCGGCGUCCCCUAUGUCGACACCGCCCGCGACCAGAAAGACGGCUACAGCACCGUCCAACAAAUUUGCAUGAACGGCGCUGCUGAGAGCACAGACGGCAAUCCACCCACCUUCGCACCGCCGGGUUUGCGUGUGAGUGGAGCGGGCAAAGACGGCAAGAGCUUGGUCAUAAGUCAGACGCCCAAUAUCCUCGCUUAUCUGGGAGAGAAGACGGGAAUGGAUGGGGAAGGGGAGCAGGAGAAGUACUGGGUAGCGCAGGUCGCGCAGACGGCGCUGGAUUUGAACAAUGAGGUGCAUGAUACGCAUCAUCCGGUUGCAGUGAUGAAGUACUAUGAGGAGCAGAAGGAGGAGAGUUUGAAGAAGGCGGCGGAUGUGCGUGAGAAUAGGCUGCCGAAAUUCUUUGGCUUCUUUACGAGGAUGCUGGAGUGGAACGAGGGGAAUGGUGGGAAGGGGAAGUAUCUCAUCGGGAGUAAGUUGACGUAUGCGGAUACUACGGUGUGGCAGGUGCUGGAUGGGCUUUACUUCGCUUUUCCGAAGGAGAUGGAGGUGCGGAAGAAGGAGUUCUCAGCGUUGUUGGACGAUUUCUACAACAGUGUGAAGAGCGAGAAGGGCAUCAAGGAGUACCUUGCGAGCGACAAGAGGUUCGAGUAUUCGAUGGGGAUCUUCCGGAACUACCCUGAGCUGGAUAGGCAGUGA